AUGAAACUCCUCACCACCAACUUCCUCACCUGCGCGGUCAAGACGUGCAAGACGUCGCCGCUUUCGUUCCCUCUCCACUUCAAAGAUGCCACGCUCGAGCGGACCGAGAUUGACUUCGACCCGCUGUUCAUGCGCAAUCUUCUCCCGCGGGUCAAUUGGGAUGCGCUGACCACGACAGCCACCGAGUUAGGGCUGCAGGCUCUUGUGCCGGCGAAGAAUCCGGUAGACGUGGUGGAACAAAGCCGCGGAGAUGACGGCGACAUCGAUGUGCAAGCAGAAGCAGAGGCCGACGCCGAGGGCACGACAAUAAAUGCUACAGAAACAAACGCAGAUCACGAAAUUGAAGAGGAGAUCCUGAGGAGGCUACAUAACCUCCUCCUGGAGACGGGCGUCGUCGAGGGAAAACUGGUCUGCGGCAACUGCGGCUUUGAAUAUCCAAUCAAAGAGGGUGUCGGGAAUUUCUUGCUGCCGGCUCAUCUGGUGUGA